AUGAAGGGCUCUCUCUUGCUUGCGGGUGCGACCCUUCUGGGCUGUACCUCUGCUAAGCUGCACAGCCUGAAGCUCAAGAAGGUCUCCCUCAAGGAACAGCUUGAACAUGCCGACAUCGACGUCCAGAUCAAGUCUCUCGGCCAGAAGUACAUGGGCAUCCGCCCAGAACAACAUGAGCAGCAGAUGUUCAAGGAGCAGACUCCCAUCGAAGUUGAGUCUGGACACAACGUCCUCAUUGAUAACUUCCUCAACGCACAGUACUUCUCUGAGAUCUCCAUCGGAACUCCCCCACAGACCUUCAAGGUUGUUCUAGACACCGGAAGCUCCAACCUCUGGGUUCCAGGCAAGGACUGCUCGUCCAUCGCUUGCUUCCUGCACAGCACAUAUGACUCUUCAGCCUCGUCUACCUACUCCAAGAACGGCACCAAGUUCGCUAUCCGCUAUGGAUCUGGCAGCCUAGAGGGCUUUGUCUCUCGGGACAGUGUGAAGAUUGGUGACAUGACUAUCAAGAAACAGCUUUUUGCUGAAGCUACCAGCGAGCCGGGCCUUGCUUUCGCCUUUGGUCGUUUCGACGGCAUCAUGGGUAUGGGUUUCAGCAGUAUCUCGGUCAACGGGAUCACUCCUCCAUUCUACAACAUGAUCGACCAGGGCCUUAUUGAUGAGCCCGUGUUCAGCUUCUACUUGGGCGAUACCAACAAGGAUGGUGACCAGUCUGUCGUCACCUUUGGUGGUUCCGAUACCAACCAUUUCACUGGUGAUAUGACCACUAUCCCACUCCGUCGCAAGGCCUACUGGGAGGUUGAUUUCGACGCUAUCUCCCUUGGCAAGGAUACAGCUGCUCUGGAAAACACUGGUAUCAUCCUCGACACCGGUACUUCCCUCAUUGCUCUCCCAACCACUCUUGCUGAGAUGAUCAACACCCAAAUUGGUGCCACAAAGUCGUGGAAUGGCCAAUACACUCUUGACUGUGCCAAGCGGGACUCUCUCCCUGAUGUCACUUUCACUCUUAGCGGCCACAACUUCACCAUCGGACCUCACGACUACACUUUGGAGGUCUCCGGCACCUGCAUCAGCAGCUUCAUGGGAAUGGACUUCCCUGAGCCUGUUGGUCCACUUGCCAUCCUUGGUGACUCGUUCUUGAGACGCUAUUACUCUGUCUACGACUUGGGCAAGGGCACUGUUGGUCUGGCCAAAGCCAAAUAA